CUUACAUCCGUCUUGGUCUAACUGUAACUAUCUCACUCUACAUGACUUGUAUUUAAACCACUACAAUCUCUUUUGUGAGUUAGCAUGCUUGAAUCAAGAACAAGGCAAGGUAACCUUUGAACGACUAAUACUACUUGACACUUACUCGCAAGCACUGACACUAAAGCUCCUUCUUAAAGGUUACCUUGACCUUAUACACUCUCUUACUUUGAGAACUAACCAACACACAUUUGCUGACCAGACUUCGUGCUUAAGCGAGUUAGGAAACAAAAACCCCAUCAGCUUCUUUCACAGCCACUUGUCAGAAGUUAAUCUUCACUCUGAGUGUUGGGUUUCUUUUAACUCUGCAGAUGACAACUCUUUUUCUUUUCCUUGGUACAAUACAUCCCUAGCUAAUGCGUUUGCUGA